AUGACACUAGUUUUAAGAUAUAUUUUUGGUGGAAAAAUAAAAGAAGACUUUGUUUCAUUCAUUAACUUCCACACAUACUUUUAUAAUAACCAAAAAUCAAACCAAGAGGAACAGAUCAAUGACAAUGAAGAAUCUACAGAAAAUGAUGAAAACGCUCUUAUUGAACCUAAACUCACUGGUGAUGUUCUUGGAAAAACAGUAAUUAGUAUUCUAAAAAAUUUAAAUUUAAACUUAGAACACUGUGUUGGAAUUGCUACUGAUGGUUGCUCGGUAAUGACUUCCACUGUUCGUGGCGCUGUUAAAUAUAUUCAAUCUAACGCAACUCCAAACGCGGUCUAUAGCGCAUGUUCAAAUCAUUGUUUAAAUUUAUCAAUUUCUAAAUCAUCUAGUGUCAUGUCAAUUAAAAACUUUGUUGGUAUUAUUAAAGAAAUUGUAAAUUUUUUUAAUAUGUCUGCCAAAAGAAAUUUUGUUCUAAAAAAAGUAUUUGGUAAAGAAAAACAUUUAAUGAGUCUAUGUGUAACCAGAUAG